AUGGAUGCCGAGAAACUUCAAUAUUACUGGGGAGGGACGUGGGAAACAUCGUGCGGGAGCCCUCGGUAUAUGGAUAUGGACGCAGUAGAGCAAGGACCCUCAGACGAGCGACAAAGAGAUGGACGUCGUGAGAGCUUGGAAGCACCCGCACGGGACGAAGAAGAUAUCGUACCGCCUACCGAAUUAGCUUUCCCCCAGGUCGAAGAGGGGCGACUGGAAGAGGAAAAGGAGCGUAGGCAGCGAGAUGAAGAGCUAUUCAGAAGAGCCGAAGAGCAGGGAGCUGGCCCUUCUGAAGUCGCUGUUCCGCCGCCCGUAGAAAGACAUCCGUCGCGUUGGGAGCCGCCUGUUACAUUGGAGAGUGCUGAAUCGCGGAUUUCUGGGCGCCCUCCUUCGCUACGUAGCGUGGUACCACCGGAGCCUACAAUAUCAGAGUUUGCGACGAAGCUAUACACCGUUUCAUAUUUGAUAUUCUUCUCCAUUUUUGGUGCUCUGGCGCGGGUUGGCAUGGAAACUCUUACCUACUACCCCGGCGCGCCGGUUACAACUGGUGUGCUAUGGGCCAACGUUGGAGGGUGCUUGUUGAUGGGGUUCUUUGCGGAAGACAGAAAUCUCUUCCGUGAAGAAUGGGGCGAGCGGCAGACUGCAGAGAAGGAUGACGAUAUGGCUACUUGUUCCCCGCCGCGACUGGACCGAAGGGCAACCAUCCGUGAAGACGAUCUCAAAAUACACAAAGCCAUCAAAAAAACAAUCCCAUUGUAUGUUGGAUUAACAACUGGCUUCUGCGGAUCAUUCACGUCGUUUUCCUCUUUUAUGGGAGACGUCUUCCUUGCUUUGUCCAACGACCUUCCGAAUCCAAACUCUGGUUCAAUCUUGCCGCGAAACGGAGGAUAUAGCUUCAUGGCAGUGGUUGCCGUGAUUCUAUAUACAUUGUCGCUCAGCCUGUCAUCGUUGGCCUUCGGUGCUCACCUUGCGGUUGCGUUAGACCGCUAUACACCGACAUUGCCAUUUCUUGUGACACGAAGAAUUGUUGAUCGGUCCAUUGUCGUUCUUGCGUUCGGCUGCUGGUUGGGCUCCGUGCUUCUUGCCAUUUGGCCCCCAGAUCGACACAACGGUGCUCGUGAGAACUGGCGAGGUCGUCUCACUGGCUGCCAGGUCUUGAACGGAAUCAUGGACGGCUUCUGCGGCUGCACUACAACCGACAAGAUAAGGAAUUACUAUCUCGGCAGUGGUUAUCACCAGCAGUUCCUCCACCGCACACCAGUUCCAGGUGUCUAUCAUAGCCGUUCAGACCACGAGGUCCUCCUCUAA